AUAUCAAUUCCUAUCAGCUGUUCCUCGAAAUUUUAAUAAAACAUUUCUUCAUACUUAUCAAAAAUCAUCACCACCAACCAACCUUCCCGAUUCCCAUUUGUUCUAUCCAGGCCGCACUUCAAUACUCAGAAUGGAAGAAUUCUACCAUUCAACACUUUCGACAGAUUUAAUGAUACUAAGCUAUAAAGACCCGGAGUCCGAACGGAAAUUCAUUGAAAAACGUCAAAAAGAACAUUUACCAAUCAAAAAAUCGGUCUUAACAAGAGACACGAAUCCUUUUGCGAUUAAUAGACCAUCACCAAAAUCAAGAGGAAAUAAAAAACGUUUACCAGUGCCACCAAAACAAUGUCAUAAAACAUUACCUAAACUAUUAAAGAUUGACGUACAUUGUAUGAUUAAAGAGGCUAUACAUAGUAAACAGCAUUUAUUGAGUGGUAUUAUGGCGUUACAAUGUAUAACAUCGGAACGACCAACAGUGGUUUAUUCAAAGACGGGAGUCGCGCAAUGGAAGUUGAGAAAAGAUAUGCCAAUUGGAUGCAAAGUAUCAAUAUCAGGACCACCAAUGUAUACGUUCUUGGACAAAUUGGUAGAAAUAGUAUUACCCAGAAUGAAGGAAUGGCACGGAAUACCAAUUACAUCAGGAGAUCAAAAUGGAAAUAUAGCAAUGGGAUUCCCUGCUAGCGCUUUAUCGUUGUUUCCUGAUAUUGAAGGAAAUUAUGAUAUGUUUCCUCUUAUGACUGGGUUUGAUGUUAUUUUUAAUACUACAGCUUAUACAGAUUAUGAAGGAAGGAUGUUGUUGAGUGGAUUCCAAAUUCCUUUUACUCCAAGGAAGAAGAUGGGAAGGAAAGGAAGAAUAAAUAGGAACUGA